AGGCCGCACUGCGCUCGCGUCGGGGUGGUGGAGUACACGCGGAGUCGGCGGAGCGAGUGCUGAGUCGGUGCCGCCGCCGGCUUCCCCCUUACCCCGGACGCUGGGAGACGCUUCGGGGCCGCAGAGGCUUGUGGGGCAGCCACAAAAUGGAGGCGAACGGGAGCGGCAGCGGGAGCAGCAGCGACUCGGCUCCCGACUGCUGGGAUCAGGCGGAUAUCGAGCCGGGCAGCGGCGCUGGCCCGGGGUCCGCCCCGCCGGCCGCGGAGGCCGAGGCCCAGCAGGAGCUGCUCGGGGCGGCCUUCAGCCGGCAGCUGAACGUCAACGCCAAGCCCUUCGUGCCCAACGUCCACGCCGCUGAGUUCGUGCCGUCCUUCCUGAGGGGGGGCCCGGCGCCCGGCCUGCCGCCGCCCUCGCCGCCGCCCGGCCUGCCGCCGCCGCCGCCCCACGGCGCACCUGUAGAGACUUCUCCAGAGGAGCAGACGGCCUCUUGUGAAGGUUCAAAUGCUGCUGUUAACAUGGAAAUUUCAGAAUCUGUUGUGGAAAAUGGAGAGACAGAAAUGUCCCCAGAAGAGUCAUGGGACCACAAAGAAGAAACAAGUGAAGCAGAACUAGGAGGUGGUCCCACAGGGGAUGCAGGACCUUCUGAAGAAAGUGCUCAGGAAAUGAUGGAAGAGGAGGAGGAAAUACCAAAACCGAAAUCUGUUGUAGCACCACCAGGUGCUCCUAAAAAAGAGCAUGUAAAUGUAGUAUUCAUUGGGCAUGUAGAUGCUGGCAAGUCAACAAUUGGAGGACAGAUAAUGUAUUUGACAGGAAUGGUUGACAAAAGAACACUUGAAAAAUAUGAAAGAGAAGCUAAAGAAAAAAACAGAGAAACAUGGUACCUUUCAUGGGCCUUAGACACAAACCAAGAAGAACGAGACAAAGGUAAAACAGUAGAAGUGGGUCGUGCCUAUUUUGAAACUGAGAAGAAACACUUCACUAUUCUGGAUGCUCCUGGACAUAAGAGCUUUGUUCCAAAUAUGAUUGGUGGGGCUUCUCAAGCUGAUCUUGCUGUGCUGGUUAUUUCUGCAAGAAAAGGAGAAUUUGAAACUGGAUUUGAGAAAGGUGGACAAACAAGAGAACAUGCCAUGUUAGCAAAAACAGCAGGUGUAAAACAUUUAAUAGUCCUUAUUAAUAAAAUGGAUGAUCCAACUGUAAACUGGAGUAAUGAAAGAUAUGAGGAAUGUAAAGAGAAACUGGUGCCAUUUUUGAAGAAAGUUGGCUUCAAUCCCAAAAAGGAUAUUCAUUUCAUGCCCUGCUCAGGACUGACUGGAGCAAACCUUAAAGAACAGUCAGAAUUCUGUCCUUGGUAUAUUGGGCUACCAUUUAUUCCAUACCUGGAUAAUUUGCCAAACUUCAACCGUUCAGUUGAUGGACCAAUCAGGCUGCCAAUUGUGGAUAAAUAUAAGGAUAUGGGCACUGUGGUCCUUGGGAAGCUGGAGUCAGGCUCUAUUUGCAAAGGACAACAGCUUGUGAUGAUGCCAAACAAGCACAACGUGGAAGUUCUUGGAAUCCUUUCUGAUGAUGUAGAAACUGAUUCAGUAGCCCCAGGUGAAAAUCUAAAGAUCAGACUGAAGGGAAUUGAAGAGGAAGAGAUCCUUCCAGGAUUUAUUCUCUGUGAUCCCAACAACCUGUGUCAUUCUGGACGCACAUUUGAUGCCCAGAUAGUGAUAAUUGAGCACAAAUCCAUUAUCUGCCCAGGUUAUAAUGCUGUGCUGCACAUCCACACCUGUAUCGAAGAAGUCGAGAUAACAGCCUUAAUCUGCUUGGUAGACAAAAAAACAGGAGAAAAAAGUAAGACACGGCCCCGUUUUGUGAAACAAGAUCAAGUAUGCAUUGCCCGUUUAAGGACAGCAGGAACUAUCUGCCUUGAGACAUUCAAAGAUUUCCCUCAAAUGGGUCGCUUUACCUUAAGAGACGAGGGUAAGACCAUUGCAAUUGGAAAAGUUCUGAAACUGGUUCCAGAGAAGGACUAAGCAUUUUUCUCAAUGACCCCCGCACAAUACUGUGAGGAAAAUCGACUCUGCAAAAGCCUACUUCACACCGCCUUCUUAUUUUCUGCCCAUUGAUAAACUUCUCCCCAUAUUUUGCAAAGACAAAUUUCACAGCAAAGGUCCACAUUAUGUCAGCUUUCUCAUAUUGAGAGCUCUGCUAUGCCACUGUUGAAUUUUCCCAAAAAUAAUUUUUUUCUCCCAAAUUCUGCUUCCUUGGAAAGAUUCGGCAAUAGCUUUGUAAGUGAUGUGGACAUAAUUGCCUAUAAUUAUGAAAAUCUAAAGGAUUUUUAAUGUUUCAUUUCCCCAGCAUAUAUAUUAAGACCUCUUUUUUCCAGGCAGAUCAUUCAGAGUGUGCGAGUGUGUGUGCACAUGUUACAAAGAUGACUACCAUGUUAAUAAACUAUUCAAUUUGAAAUCUUUUUCGGUAUUUGAAUUGCUUUUGAAUAAUGUUUUUUAUCCGGAUGUAACGCAGUUGCAUUAGCUUUUUAACUUUCCAGUAACCUGGAUAUUUGGUUACUUGGACUUUUCUAAACUCCUCAGCCUCCCCACACACACAGUUUUAAAUGAGGCAAUUGGGCACUCAACCAAGUUUGUAUUAAAAUAAUUAGGUUUGCCCCUUCCCUUUGUCGAAUGCAUUCUUAAAAUUAAAAAACAUUCAUGUAAAUGUGGCACCUUCAUUCGCUUUACAUUUGUUAAUAUCUUCAGCGAAUUUAGGUUGACUGAACAUUAUUACUAGACACAGUAAGUCAAUUUUGAAGGCUAGAUCUACAUAUUGUGUCUUUAUAAAAAUUCAGCAUUAUUAAAUUCUUAACUGCAGAAAAUGCUAACAACCAGUAAAUCAGUGAAAAUUGCAAAAAUAAAAGAAUUUGUGGCAAUAGUGCCUAUUAGUAUUUAUAAGAGCUGCAUUUUGUGGGAGAACUGGGCCAAUUAAAAAGUGCCAGUUAUAUAAGUUACUCAGUUCACCCUGUCUUUAAUUUAGAGGGCUGGAUAAUCCUUGCUGUUUUAAAGAUCAGUCUGAACUGAGAGGGAGAAAGACUAUUUAAAUACCCCUAAGAGUUUGCACAUACUGAAAUAUGGGAGAGUCAGAAUCAAGCACAGUCUGUAAAUUUUUGCAUAUCAAAAAGCAAUGUAAGCUUAGGAGGACCAGUGAGGUUUUUCUUGAGAAAUUAAAGCAAAACUGGUUCAAAAUAAAGCUUACUCAGUACAACUUGAAGGAGCUGCGUUAUAAAACCCUAUUUAGCUGCACUUUGGAAGUGGACUGUCUCCAGUUGCUGUCCUGAUUCUAACAAUUAGGAUGAAGGCUAACGGAUUUGUCUUCAUUUCUCAGAGUAUUAGUAGUAAGUAUUAAAAGGUAUCUUCAGAGCUUCUUCAGAAUGUUUUAAAUUAAACAUUUUCAGUUGUACAAUUGUGGCGAGCCCAUCUCCUCCCCCAAAAGUUUACAGUCUAGUGACUGUGUCUGAAUUCACAGAUAACUCAAAACUGAAACAGAUUUACCUUUUUUGUUUUGUUUUUUUUUUUUUUUUGUUUUAUUUCUUUGUAACUGUGGAACUCCCAUUCAUUUCACCUACAGCUACAUUGUAUGGACAGAAGAAGUUAUUGUCCUUCAGUUUCAUAUGACUACACUUGUAGCUACCGUAAUGCAUGGAAUUUAAAUAAAUUUUAUUAUGUCUGCAAA